AUUAAAGAGCCGGUGUUGUGUCAACACGCUCACAAAAAAUUUUCUUUUUAAUUUUUAAUUGUGAAAAUAAAAAUAUAAAAUAAUUAGUGAAAUGCCACCUCAUAGGAAAACUAAUAAAAAUUCUAAUAGAGGAAAUAGAGGAACUCAAAUUAAUGGGAAAAAACAAGAAAUGUGUGUGUCAAGUGAGUCAAGCGAAGAAGAAGAAGAAAAAAAUAUAAAAAUGGAUAGAUACAUUGUGAAAGCUAUGGCCGAUCCAUUUAAAUUUAAAUUAUGCCUAAAACCAGACCGCGAUAAAUUUGAAGGAUCAGUGGAACAAUUUUUGUUUAAUUCCGACAAUUCUGACGAUGAAAAUAUAAUUGAUAUGAAACCAAAAAAUGAUUUGACUCAAUCAAUGAAAAAUUUAGAUAUAAGUACUAAAGAAGUUAAAGUGAAAAAAGAAUUAAGACAAACGCCUGCAAGAAAAACUCGUAAUUCAAUAAUACAAAAUUCAACUGAAUUAUUACCUAGAACACCUAGUACACGUUCUUCUCGUAGAACAUUAAAUAAUGAUAAUUUAACGCCAAGUGGAAGAAAUCUCAGAGAUCGUAAAUCGGUAAAUUAUUGUGAUUAUGAAUCAUCUUCUGAUAGCAAAACACGAAGUAAAAAACGAAAUGAUGUGCCUAAUGAAAAUGAAUUAUAUGAAACAACACAGAAACGAAUGAUGACACGAAGAAUGUCAAUAAGAGAGCCUUUAAAUUCAGUUAAUGAAAAUCAAAGUUGUCAAUCAGAUGACGAAGAUUCACCGAAAAGAGAAGAAAAAAGAGGUACUAGAAAAAAGUCUUUAAAUUCAGUUAAUGAAAAUCAAACAGACAAUGAAGAUUCUCCGAAAAAUGAACAAAAAAGGAGUACUAGAAAAAAGAAAAUUAUUCCCGAUCAAGAUAAUGAUUACGAAGGAACACCACAUAAACAUAAAAAAACGCCAACUAAAAGUCAUAAUUCGACUCCUGUGAGAAAAAAAUUAGAUAUUUUAGGAACUCCAAAAAGAAAUAUAUUGACACCAAAAAUGAGACGUACAUUGACACCUAGUAUGCAAAUGAGAAAUGCCAAUGUUCCUAAACCAAAAACAAAUCUUCAGGAAUUUCGAACUCGUUUACAUGUUAGUUUUGUGCCUAAAUCAUUGCCAUGUCGUGAGGCUGAAUUUAAUGAUAUUUUCACAUUUCUCAAAGGAAAACUCACUGAAGAGAUUGGAGGAUGCAUUUAUAUCAGUGGAGUACCUGGUACGGGAAAAACUGCAACUGUAAAUGAAGUAAUAACGUGUUUGAAAAAAUUAGAAUCAAAAGGCGAAUUACCUGCAUUUCAAUUUGUUGAUAUUAAUGGAAUGAAAUUAACCGAACCACGUCAAGCUUAUGUGCAAAUUCAUAAAAAAUUAACAGGAAACACAAGUACAUGGGAAGAGGCUCAUCGUUCUCUUCAUCAUAGGUUUACAACAUCUGCAUCUCGUAGAAAUAUGACUUUAUUGCUUAUUGAUGAGAUGGAUCUUUUGUGCACAAAACGUCAGGACGUGGUUUACAAUCUUUUGGAUUGGCCAACGCACAAAAGUUCACAUUUAGUUGUGAUAACGAUUGCCAACACAAUGGAUUUACCGGAAAGAGUUUUAAUGAGUCGUGUCACCUCACGUUUAGGACUCACGAGAUUAACAUUUAGUCCCUAUAAUCAUGUGCAACUGAUGGAAAUCGUAAAAACAAGACUCAAAGACAUGGAGGGAUUUAAACCAGAAGCUAUUCAACUCGUUGCGAGAAAAGUAGCCUCUGUUUCCGGCGAUGCACGACGAGCCUUAGAUAUUUGUCGUCGAGCAACAGAAAUCACUGAAAGUAAUAAUAGAGAAUUUGUCACAAUUUUGGAUGUUACUUCCGCUUUAGAUGAAAUGAUAGCAAAUCCCCGUGUUCAAGCUAUCAAAUGUUGUUCGACGAUGGAGAAAAUAUUUUUGGAAGCAGUUUGCCAAGAGGUGACAAGAACCGGAAUUGAACAAGUCACAUUUAAAAAUAUUUACACACAAUUUGACGCUAUAUGCAUUCUUGAAGGCGAAGAAGUUCCAAAUAUAACGCAAACAUUGGAAAUUUGUCGAAAAUUAGCAUCAUGGAGAUUAAUAUUAUGGGACAAUGGAGCUGAUUUACAUCAAAGUAUUUUAUUAAACGUCACAGCCGAUGAUAUUUAUUUUUCAAAAAAACAAAAAUCAACUAUCUAAAAUAAACACAGAUAUAGUCAUUGGACAAUGAGAUUUCAUGCGAUUUGCCUAAUUGCCAACCGUAUUCGAUAAAUUUUUUAUCAAAUGGCAAAGGCAUUGUGUAACGAUUUUGUCCCUCAGCUGGUCCAAUGACAAUAAUGACAUUUCCUUUAAAUUCACAUAAAUAAUUUAAAAACACUGGCUCAUUGUUAAAAUAACAAAAUAGUAAUGCAUAAUUCUCCGGAACAUGAACUAUAUUUUCUGUUUCGUUGACGAAUGUCAUGUUUUUUAGAAAAAUUGGAGGUGAAUAUUUACAGCACCACCAUGAUUUAUCAAUUUCUAUGCCAUGAAUUUCACAAUCUAGAAAUAUUAUCAUUAAUUAAUUUUUGUAAUUUGAUUUUUUUCAUUAAUUAAUUUUUGUAAUUUUGA